CAGCGGAGGAAGGGCUUCGGCUUCAUGACAAGCGGGUUUUAAGUCGGCCUUCAUCGCGUCCCUGCUCAGUGCGUCGGCGGCAUCGACGGGGGGAGUUACGGCGCUGAAGCAACGCAGACAUGACGCGUGUGAUGUUCCUGGCGGUGGUCGCUGCUUUCGCCAUCUGUGCCGAGGCAGCUUCACUGGGUAAUCAACUCCAGCUGCAGGCAGAGGGAGGCUCUGAAGAGGAACUGCACCGAGCAAAACGUCAAUUUUCUUGGUCCAGCAACCAAGACAUAACACAGAUCGGUGGAGAAGGGAGCACCGGAGAGCAGAUUGUCAAUUCCCACAAUACCUUCCUUGGUAAUCAUCAGACGGUUACGCAGUUUGGCAAGGCAGACAACAACAAGCAGAUUGUGCGUCAGGGCUUCUCUCUGUUCGGCCCCAGUGUACAAGAAGUCAAGCAGAUUGCCACAGGGAAAGGUUACCAGCACCAGAUUAUCGAGCAAAAGGGAAGCAUCUUUGGGACAACUAAACAUAAGUAUAUUCAGAGAGGAGGAACUAAGCAGGUACUUAUUGGCAAGUAAUCCAGCAGAAGCAAAGAAUCCAUCCCAGACUGUGUGCAUGAAGUACACGUUUCUAUACUUUAGGUCAAAUCAAAUUGGGAUCAACACUGAUAUGAACCAAAUACAACAUCCUUAGCAUUAA